ACACGGGACACUGUCGCAAAAGGAGGCCCCGUUCAUAACAUUCACUAUGAUUUUUGUGUUUGGGUCCGUGUUAUUGCUGCUUUCAGCCAAUCUGUGUUACGCUGCACCUCCAGGGCAGGGUGACUCAAGAGUUGUGAACGGCACAGAAGCGGGAGAUAACGAGUUUCCUUUCAUGGCUCAAUAUGUCCGUUACGGUGUACCAGAAUGCAGCGCUACAAUCAUCAACGAAUACUGGGUGAUGACUGCUGGUCACUGUGUGGAUGGAAAGGAGAUCCGCGUGUCUGAUGUUCGAGCCGGUACCAACAGUGUGAGGAAUGACACUGGAGUACUCAUCCACGUCAGUGAAUUCGUCUUCCACGAUAAUUACCAUUACGACUACAUAAACGACGUAGCUCUGAUUAAGCUGGUGCAGCCUCUUACCUUAGGACCCACAGUACAGCCCGUCCCUCUACCGGAACAGGGACAGCAGACUCCUGGCGGGACCAUAGCCACUGUGGUCGGAUGGGGAGCUACAGAGUCCGAAUCUUCAGCUGAAACACUGCGGAAGGCUGACAUCCCGGUGUGGUCUGAUGCGGACUGCCAGGAGGCGUACGCAGGCUACGAGUACCAGGUUCUAGAGGAGGACAUCUGCGCCGGGAUGCCUGAAGGAGGCAGGGGGCAAUGUAGCGGAGAUGGAGGAGGACCCUUGUUAGUGAACGGAACUCAGAUCGGUAUAGUCUCGUGGUCCAGGAAACCCUGUGUUACCAAAGGAUCUCCUGGCGUGUACGUUGAAGUUUCGUACUACGUCGACUGGAUCAAAGAGAAGACAGGGAGAGCUUAAAGAAUUCCCACCACUAAAUAAAUCAUGCAACACCGUGAAUGUGGUUAAAAUUUGAUAUACACUCUGUAGUUUCCUAAUGCAGCACAUAUUUUGCAAUCACAUGAUGAAAUCGGAGAGUUGCACACACUCACACACACACAUUUCUUUAUGUGAUUAUGAAAUAUAUGUGCAUUACGAAGCUAUGAAACUAUUUCACUAAAUGACAGUGGAUAGUUCUGUACAUAAACUGAGACUGCGUAGAGCGUAGCUCUUCAAUCGAACGGAUUGUUUUUUCUUUUUUAUUCAGCUUUAAGUACAAGCUGUAUAUGAAAUCUGGCGAUAUCUGUGAUGCGUAAUAGUUCAUUUUUCUCUGAUUUCUUAUCACGCCAAUCAACGUUAUCUUCGUGCCAGUAACGAGUGCUAUCUGACUGCAGUGCUGUGUACCAUUUAAAUACCGCUGUUCGACGGGUAAAAGAGGUUAAAAUUUCAAGGGCCUAAUUUAGUUCAAUAACAAGAUUCUAAAAUUUAUUGUAGUUAAUAUUUAGAAGUUAUUCUUAUUAUAUUUCACAGUUUGCAUACUUGUGCUUUUAGAAUGGCAUUGUGAACUUAGCACGGCACAUACGUCGAUUGUAGUUGAGUGAAAGCGUCUUCAGAUGAUGUUAGUUUAACAAUAUCGGCACAUAUGUAACACCAUAGAAAUUUCAGAUCUCUUUAUUGUGAACGUCUUAUGCUUUCACGAAUAUAAACUCUUAGUUAUGAGAA